GUUCAACAUGGCCAAGCAUCAUCCAGAUUUGAUUUUCUGCAGAAAGCAAGCUGGCGUUGGUAAGAUUUCACUUUUGAUUUUCACCGAUUAGUUCUGUCACGAAUGAGGAAAUGUACUAUCGAAGUAAAGCUAUUGGACGAUUAUGUGAGAAAUGUGAUGGGAAGUGUGUCAUCUGCGAUUCCUACGUAAGGCCCUGCACACUGGUGCGUAUCUGUGACGAAUGCAACUACGGAUCCUAUCAGGGACGCUGUGUCAUCUGCGGAGGACCGGGAGUGUCUGAUGCCUAUUACUGCAAGGAGUGCACCAUCCAGGAAAAAGAUAGAGAUGGCUGCCCCAAGAUCGUGAACCUGGGGAGCUCCAAGACCGACCUCUUUUACGAGCGGAAAAAAUACGGCUUCAAGAAGAGGUGAAGCUGUGAACCCGUGUGGGAGCGUGGACGUCAGCGGUGCUGUUCUCUGCAGAGCUGUUCCAAGCCAUUUUUCUGGUCUGUUUUUCACAAAAGUUUUUGAGCAUAAUAAAGUGUUUUCAGUUCUUUGUA